AUGGCAGAUGCUUCAAGUGCACCUCUCCUCUCCGCCCUUCGUCAUCAGAUUCCGGUUCAUUGGCCUCAUCCACCUUGGCUCCUCACUAAGUACAUGUGCUGGAGUCUGGCUGACUUGUGUGCACUUAGCGGCCUCGGAUUCAACACAUCCUCCAUGGCUAGCAGGACAGGAAUCGUGCUCAGAUCAAGCAACAGACAACCUGGUACUGCCUCCAAGGAGGAGCUCGGAUCGAAUCCGAUCAAGAAGCCCAUUGGCAGUGGUGUCACUGGGGUUAACGAGUUCUCUGCGCGCUUGCGUUCUGCACUUGAGCCCUGUCUGUCGCAUGUGGCCAGCUGCACACGCUGUCUGGCCCGUGGAGACAUCUGCGAGCUCUGUCGGUCUAGUCGUCUUCUCUAUCCUUUUACUACGCCGCCGUCCUACAUUACUACCGGUUUCACUGCCGGAUCCUCGCCAACUGCAACUGCAAACGGCACUUCUGUCUUGCGCACUGGAGGAGGCCACUUGAAUUUCAGUCGGGGAUUUUCGGGUGUGGUCAUUUGCCCUGUCUGUGGUGCUUGCUACCAUGGCGAGUGUGUGGCAGCAAAAAUGCAGACUGGCAAUCAGGCUUUCUGGUGUCCAAGAUGCCAACGCCGAAAGAAGCGCCAGUUGUGCCGGCUGCAGCAGAUGGAGGAAGAAAAUGAAUCUGAGCAAGACGGAGCUGAAAACGAUAAACGAGACCAGGAAUUGGAAAUGAAUUUAGGAACGACUAAAGUGGGCGAAGACUUUGAAGUGCCGUUUGAGGAGAUGAUGUCGACUUACGAGAAGAGCUUUGCCUCUCUUAGCAAAGCUGAAUCAGAUUGCCUCAUGCUGAAUGAUCAAUUUAAUUCUCGUUAG